AUGAGUAAACCAAAAGUUGGAAUUAAUGGAUUUGGUCGCAUCGGUCGUCUUGUCUUGAGAGCGGCAGUUGAAAAAGACACCGUUGAUGUAGUGGCGGUCAAUGAUCCGUUUAUUAACAUUGACUAUAUGGUGUACAUGUUCAAAUAUGAUUCAACACAUGGACGCUUCAAGGGAAGUGUUUCUGCAGAGGGAGGCAAGCUUAUUGUAACAAAUGGCAAAACGACCCAUCAUAUCUCUGUGCACAACAGCAAAGAUCCCGCUGAGAUUCCAUGGGGAGUAGACGGAGCGGAGUAUGUUGUGGAAUCGACGGGCGUUUUUACAACAACGGACAAAGCAAGUGCGCAUCUGAAGGGUGGUGCCAAGAAAGUUAUCAUUUCGGCUCCAUCUGCUGAUGCACCGAUGUUUGUAAUGGGUGUCAACAAUGAUACGUAUGAUAAGGCCAACAAUCAUAUCAUCUCUAAUGCUUCUUGCACCACCAAUUGUUUGGCUCCGUUGGCCAAGGUCAUUCAUGACAAAUUCGGAAUUAUUGAGGGCCUUAUGACCACUGUACAUGCAACAACGGCUACUCAGAAGACUGUUGAUGGACCAUCUGGAAAACUGUGGCGAGAUGGUCGUGGUGCUGGCCAAAACAUCAUUCCAGCAAGCACUGGUGCAGCCAAGGCCGUAGGGAAAGUUAUUCCGGAUCUGAAUGGAAAGCUUACUGGCAUGGCUUUCCGUGUUCCAACUCCGGAUGUAUCAGUAGUUGAUCUCACUUGCCGACUCCAGAAAGGUGCAACAAUGGAUGAAAUUAAGGCUGCUGUAAAGGAAGCAGCUAAUGGACCGAUGAAGGGAAUUCUUGAUUAUACGGAGGAUCAGGUUGUCUCGACAGAUUUUGUUGGUGACACACAUUCGUCAAUUUUUGAUGCUAAAGCUUGCAUUUCGCUUAAUGCAAAUUUCGUAAAAUUGAUUUCGUGGUACGACAAUGAAUAUGGCUACAGCAGUCGUGUCAUUGAUCUCAUUUCGUAUAUUGCUAGCAAAUAA